GCAGUGAGUGAAAUCGACCAACAGUGUCUUGAAGACGACGAUGGUAAGGUCGGGGACUAUGGUGGACGUACAUGACGCCAUCGUGGGCAAGGUCAAGGACGACGCGACCAAAAGCGAAGGGCAAACCGCUGGGGGCGCGGUCCACCGUGUGCGCCAACCGAACGCCUCGGCCGUUGACAUAGUGACGGACGGCUGGCUGAGAGGUUUCGACUUCGUCCGGGAGGGUAUGCGACACGCCCAAUGCUGUGCCUUUGCUAUGAAGGACAUGUCGACCGAGGCCUUGGCGGCUAUGGGCAACAAGGUCCACAUUCGGGCGAGGGGGGACGGCAACGUGUAACGUGAGCUUGCCAACAUGGUGCC